GAAUCAACUUCACAUGAUCGACAAUAAUUACCUACUCUAACUCUACCUACCUAGUAGGGAUCUAAGAUGUAAUCCCUUAUUCAAGAGGACGUCGCAAAUCUAUUAUUCUUUAAAUUUUUCUUCUCAAGACGCCUAUUUAUUUAUUUUUUAAAUGUCGACUGAUACGCUACGUCUGUUGCUCCCCCGACUUCUAAGGUCUUUCAGUAACCAUGGACAUGGACGCGGAAAGAACCUACCAGGUUAUACAUCCCUAGCUCGGUCUCCUUUAAGUCACCCUCAACGUUUAAAUCCGCAAACAUAUGCAUUUUCGAGCAUGGCACAGUCUCCGGGAAAGGUAGCCGCGACGAAUAAUUCUUCGAUGGGAAAGGCGGAAGACUCCCACGCAGAGCCAACAAGUCUAGCGGAUGACGGUGCGAUGGAGGAGACUGACAAGAAAACUGUAGCUAUUCUGUGGGAUCUCGACAAUAAGACCCCCAGUGCUCUGCCCGAGGGUCUCGCAACCACCAUCCGCUCUUUAGCUUCUAGGCGGGGUAAGAUCAUUGAGUAUUCGGCCAUGGCAAAUUAUUGCGCCGACUUACGCCUACCUCCUGCUGCAAUAGAACUCAGGAAACAGCGGAAGUUGUUUAUGACUGCUGAAGCACGAGGACAAUUCAAACCUGCCGAGCCAUAUAGGUGUCCUGUGUGCCAGAGAAAGUGUGCCACGCAAGUCAAACUAGAGAAACAUUAUAAGCAACUUCACGAGCGGGAACUCCGCGUGAAACAGGGCCGGCUAGCCUCACUGGGGGGUAAAAAAAGGGAGAAGUGGCUCAAGGAUAAGGGCUCAAAUCUUCGUAAGCGUAUAGAAGCUCACGCCGAAAUCCUAAAUCCCGAGGCGAAGCAUAAAGUCUUUAAGAGCCUGACGAGAGCCGGCGUAUUAGUUCGGGUGGUGCAGAAAAAACCUCAAGCGGCCGACAAGGCACUCAUAGAACGAUGGAAAGUAGUCGCAAAGAAUUCGAACCUUACUCUAAUUCUUAUCUCGGACGACUCUGACUUCUGCAAGAUGGCCCAAAGGGCAAAAAUGAGUUACGGCGUGUAUGUUAUCGUCGUAAGUGAAAAUUCAGAAGGGAAACUAGCCGGGGUUGCCGAUGAGUGGUGGUCGUGGGAUACUCUUAACAACGACGCGCGGGACACUAACCACAUCCUCUUGCGUGAGGCUCUGACUGACUUGUCCAAUUCCGAAGAAGGCGAAAGCGAUGGAGGUCCCGGUUAUGUGAUCGACGAUGACUUACAAGAAGAGCUAUUCGAGAUGCAAUUAGGAAACGAAAACGUUGAAAUCGAAUGCGAACCUUGGAAAACUAGGUAGCGAUAAGGACACCGUUCAUGAAUAAUCGCCGACAUAAUAGGGCUUAUCUAGGUAACUGAGGGGGAAGAGGGUUGCCUGAAGUCUUGAGAAUCGGAUCUUGCGUACAAAGGACGAAAUAAGAGUUGGUUGCAUCAGGUAUAUCGAAGUACGCUGCAUCGUGUCACUCGAACGGUGGUUCCAGCACCGACUUUACUUCCGCCAUCUACCUAAGUUAUGUCAAUUAGAUGCCAGUUCUAAAUUACCUAGGUACCUACCUAGGUAGGUCGCGUAAUACCUUAAAAAAUCAACCUUAGGUAGGUGCAAAAUGGCUUGGGUGCGAUUAGUAGCGGUUACACUGUACAAUGCAAACACUGUAUUUUACCGCUAAGUU